AUGUCUGAUGAAGUGCCUUGUUUGUCAGUCAAAAAACGCUGCACAUCGAAUUCUACUCCGAUUUCUCUGAGCAAGACGACUGCAUCAACGAUACGAAUAAUGUUAGGCUUACUGGUGAUACUCAUUGUUGGUGGUUUUGCCGUAGCAGAUCCAAUAAAGAGAUCUACUGGGGGAAUAACAGCAUGUAUUCCUGAGUAUCAAGUUCUCACUGAUAAAAUGACAUGGGAUGACGCGAAGGCUGCAUGUGAAUCUUCUGCUUCUUGGAAACUUGCUGAGAUCCGUUCCCAGGCACAACAAGAUGCAAUCAAGGCCAUUUUACCAGCAGGAGACGAUCAUUAUUGGAUUGGUGUUAAAGAUGUAGUCGGUGACAAUAAAAACUAUGAGUAUGCUACUGGUGGUUCAGUGAUUUACACAGACUGGUCGUCAAAUGAGCCAAAUAAUUAUAAGGGUACUGCUGAGGAUUGUGUAGAGUUACGAGGUAACCAUGACUAUGAGUGGAAUGACAUACCGUGUAGCAAUAAAAUUGCUGCUGUUUGCGAGUUUAAGCGUAUUCCUGAGUAUUUAAUUUUAACUGAUAAAAUAACAUGGCAAGACGCAAAGGCUGAAUGUGAAUUACAAUGUGGCAGACUUGCAGAGAUCUGCUCCCAAGCAGAACAGGAUGCAGUAACUGAUUUCUUACCAGAGGGAGAAGACAAUUAUUGGAUUGGUGUGAGCGAUGUAGUCGGUGACAAGGAAAACUUUGAGUAUGUUACUGGUGGACCAGUGAUUUACACAGGUUGGUUGCCGCAUGAGCCAAACAAUCAUAAUGAUCAUGUUGAGGAUUGUGUAGAGUUACGGUAA